CGUACAAACCGAUGACGGUGUUUUGUUUUGUGGUGUGAAGUAGAAUCGUGGGGAAUAUAACUAGUAAAACGCCAAUAAUACAUUAAGGAGUAAAGUGAAUUUCUGUGGAGGAGGACUAGCGCAAUGGAACCGGAGAUUAAACAGAGAAAGAGAACUUACCAAGAAGCUGAGGAGAAGUCAAAUUCAGAGGGAUCUGAUGAUGAGGACUACAUUCCUUACGUUCCUGUCAAGGUGAAAAAACAGCAGCAGCUGCAGAAGCUGUUGCGGUUGAGGGGGAAGGGGCUGGCGGAGGAUGAGCAGAAGGAUGGCGCUAAUGAGCACAGAGAUGAUGAAGAGGGACUUGGCCCACGCUCCAACGUCAGCCUGCUGGAUCAGCACCAGCACCUGAAGGAGAAAGCUGAGGCUCGAAAGGAGUCUGCAAAAGAAAAACAACUGAAAGAGGAAGAGAAAAUCUUGGAGAGUGUAGCAGAAGGAAGGGCUUUGAUGUCUGUAAAGGAAAUGGCCAAAGGUAUCACCUACGAUGAUCCAAUUAAAACAAGCUGGAGGCCUCCUCGGUACAUCCUGAACAUGCCCUUGGCUCGGCACGACCGCGUCCGCAAGAAGUACCACAUCUUGGUAGAGGGGGAUGGCAUCCCUCUGCCUAUUAAGAGCUUCAGGGAGAUGAAGUUUCCGCAAGCAAUAUUGAAAGGUUUGAAGAAAAAGGGGAUUGUUCACCCAACACCCAUUCAAAUCCAAGGAAUUCCAACAGUCUUGUCAGGUCGGGACAUGAUUGGAAUAGCCUUCACUGGCUCAGGGAAAACACUAGUCUUCACACUACCCCUUGUCAUGUUUUCCCUGGAGCAAGAGAAGAGACUGCCCUUCCUCAAGAGAGAGGGCCCCUACGGACUCAUUAUUUGCCCAUCUAGAGAGCUGGCAAGGCAAACCCACAGCAUCAUCGAGUACUACUGCAAACUGCUCGAGGAGGAGGGGGCCCCACAGCUGCGCUGCGCCCUCUGUAUUGGAGGCAUGUCCGUCAAGGAGCAGAUGGAAGUGGUCAAGCACGGUGUGCACAUGAUGGUGGCCACGCCCGGCAGGCUCAUGGACCUCUUGCAGAAGAAGAUGGUGAGCCUGGACAUCUGCCGCUACCUGGCACUGGACGAGGCUGACAGAAUGAUCGAUAUGGGUUUUGAGGAGGACAUCAGGACCAUCUUCUCCUAUUUUAAGGGUCAGAGACAAACCCUGCUUUUCAGUGCUACCAUGCCAAAAAAGAUCCAGAAUUUUGCCAAAAGUGCCCUUGUGAAGCCUGUCACCAUCAAUGUUGGCAGAGCCGGCGCUGCGAGCUUAGAUGUCAUACAGGAAGUGGAGUACGUUAAAGAAGAGGCUAAAAUGGUCUACCUUCUGGAGUGCCUGCAGAAGACACCCCCACCAGUGUUGAUUUUUGCUGAGAAGAAGGCUGACGUUGACGCUAUCCACGAGUACCUGCUGCUCAAAGGCGUGGAGGCAGUGGCCAUCCACGGAGGGAAAGAUCAGGAAGAAAGGACGAAAGCUAUUGAAGCGUUCAAGGAAGGAAAGAAAGAUGUGCUUGUGGCCACUGAUGUCGCCUCCAAGGGUUUGGAUUUCCCUUCCAUUCAGCAUGUGGUCAACUAUGACAUGCCAGAGGAGAUUGAGAACUACGUCCAUAGAAUUGGCCGUACUGGAAGAUCAGGCAAGACUGGCAUCGCCACCACCUUCAUCAACAAAGGCUGCGACGAGUCUGUUCUCAUGGACCUGAAGGCCUUGCUGAUCGAAGCCAAGCAGAAGGUCCCACCUGUGCUACAAGUUCUCCAGACAGGAGAUGAAACGAUGCUGGACAUCGGCGGGGAAAGAGGCUGUACAUUCUGCGGAGGAUUGGGUCAUCGCAUCACUGACUGUCCCAAACUGGAGGCCAUGCAGACGAAGCAGGUCACUAACAUCGGGCGCAAGGACUAUCUGGCACACAGCUCCAUGGACUUCUAAACAUAAGAGUGGAAGAGCUGUGCCGCACCUAGGACACCUGAAACGGGCCGCUCAAGAAUGUGUUCGUAAUCCUCCUGUGGAACUUAUGGUUUUGUAGUAACCGGAACCUGUUUCCAUGGUUGCAGUUUUGUGUGUGUGUGUUAGAGAGAGAGUGAGAAGGUGUAACUUGUUUAUGCAUAAUGCAAUUUCUGAAAUUGUCUGGACAUUAUUUUACAAGUGGAAUUCAUUUCUGACUUUUUGAUAUUUCAAUGUGAUUGAUGCAUGAACGUAUCAUAAAUAAAAUUUAUACAUAACUUAAAUUUGUGAUGGUAGAUGUUCCAAUAGAUGAAAGCAAGAAACACACUUAAGGUGAGGACAACAGUAUGUCUAUUUUCCGUGAGGCUAUUGUGCACAAAAGUGAUUGUACAGUUGUACUUUUAUAUUCAAACUUUUGAUUAAAACUUAUUUCCACAUGUUGACACUUUGCUUUGUCUGAACAAAGAUCGUAUGUUACAUUUUUUUUUUGCUCCUGUUUUGAAUGUUAAUACCAAGACAAUUUUAGUUCUAAACAAAGAGUAUGUGUCUUGGUUGCUCUCGGAGUGACUGAACGCCAAUCUGUGCUAACGUUUCCUGACAACACACUCUAGGGGCACUGUGCAGUUGGAUUUGGGUUCAAUCUCAGUUCCCUCUACUCUCUCUGAAGUUUCUUCCAGGUGCUCUUGUUUCCUUGUACAAU